AAGAGAUGUGGACAAAUUGGAGAGAGUCCAGCAGAGGACAACAAAAAUGAUCAGGGGGCUGGGACACAUGACUUACGAGGAGAGGGUGACCGUGUAAUUAUGGACAGAGACCACAACCAUCCUCAUCAGAGCCAUGCAGCCACCACCAGAGCUCUUGCUCUCCACCACCACGGAGAAUUCCUCCAGCCGGGGGUCGCUGCUGCAGACCUUGGCUAAGGUGUAAGUGGAGGAGCCCUCGAAGUCGAGGGAGAUGUAGUGAAGUCCACCAGAUGCUAGGCACAUUCCGUAUUCCACAGGUUGGCCUCCCAGGACUCUGCUUUCCAUCCUGCACUGCUCAUUGGCCCCACAGGAGGCCUCCUAUCUCUCAACGAUGCUGUUGUCUUUGCACCAGCACCACACCCAGUAGGAGUCACUGGCAUAAUACGGCAAGCAUGGACCCCUCUCAGCUCACUAUCACCACUGCUGUUGUGAGCAUUGUAAACACCUUGCUCAUUAUCCUGGAGUAUAUGCAGAACCAAGCUAAGAGACGCCAGCACGAGGACAUGGACACAGACGUUCCUGAAAGUACGGGCUGUGGCAAUUGGAACAUCAUGGUAGCAGUGCGGCUGGUUGUUACAGUGGAACACCGACUCAGAGCCAGGCAAACAAACACAGACUGGUGGGACCACAUUGUGUUGCAGGUAUGGGAUGAUUCACAGUGGCUGCGAAACUUUCGCAUGCGUAAGGCCACUUUCCUGGAACUCUGUGAGUUGCUUUCCCUCACUCUGAAGCACAGGAAUACCAAGAUGAGAGAUGACCUGACAGUUGAGAAGCGAGUGGCGAUAGCCCUGUGGAAGCUUGCAACGCCUGACUGCUACCGGUCAGUCAGGAAUAAAUUUGGAGUGGGCAAAUCUACUGUGGGGGUUGCUGUCAUGCAAGUAGCCAAUGCAAUCACUGAGCUGUUGCUAUCAAAGGUAGUGACCCUGGGAAAUGUGCAGGUCAUAGUGGAUGGCUUUGUUGCAAUGGGAUUCCCUAUCUGUGGUGGGACGAUAGACAGAAUGCAUAUCCCCAUCUUGGCACUGAACCAGCUUGCCAACCAGUACGUGAACUGCAAGGGGUACUUCCCAAUGGUGCUGCAAGCACUGGUGAAUCACAAGAGAUGUUUCUUCGACAUUAACAUGGAAUGGCCAGGAAAGGUGCAUGACGCUCACAUAUUUAGGAACUCUGGGCUGUUCGAGCAUCUGUAAGAAGGGACUUACUUCCCAGACCAGAAAAUUACCAUUGGAGAUGUUGAAAUGCCUAUAGUUGUCCUUAGGGACCCAGCCUACCCCUUGCUCCCAUGGCUAGUGAAGCCUUACACAGGAAGUCUGGACAGUAGUAAGGAACAGUUCAACUAUAGGCUGAGCAAGUGCAGAAUGAUGGUAGA